AUGCCUCCCAACGGCAGCGGGACGAGAUGUCGGAUCAAUGUGGACAAGAAUGAGCGAGGCGGAACAGUGACCUUUACAGUGAGAUUGCGGACUGCGGGCGAGCCCUCCAUCAGAGGCCCGCCGCGCGAGAAUUUCGCCGCGGCCACGGCGGACAAGGUCCGCCUCCUGCGGAUGCCGGAGACGGAGCGGCACCCCGGCAUCGGGCCCGAAGCUAGGUCCGCAGACACCGGGCGCCUCGGCCGCGGGCAGGCGCCCCCGGCAGACUCCCGGGACUGCUCGCCGCCGGGGCCCGACUCCUCGGACAGCGGGAGGCUGCAGCCAGCGGCCCAGAUCCUGAAGGAGCGCAUCGACGCGCUGGUGCAGGCCGGUCGGGGAUCGAGGCUGGAGGAUGAGCGUGCCGAGGGCGCAGAGCAGGCACUGCGGAUGCUGCACCAGCACUGGCGCGAGGGGAACGACGUCCACGACGAGGACCGUUGGAGGCAUCCCGCCCUGCAUCGGUCGCGCGGCGGCCAGCACCCGUACCCGGGCCUCUCGAACCUGUGCAACACCUGCUACCUCAACGCGCCCCUGCAGUGCCUCCCCCACUGCCCCGCCGCGCGCGCCGCGCUCCUGGGGGCGGAGCGCGAGGGUGAGCCGCUGGUCGUGCAGGAGCUGCGCGCCCUGGCGGCCGCCUGCGUGCGCGGGGUGCCGCCGCCCGCGGAGGACGUCGGCGGCGCCGCGCCAGCGCCAGUCCGCUUGGACCGCUGGUCCCCGCACGCCUUCGUGGACGCGUUCCUCGCGAAGCACUGGGUGGACUUCAGGCUGGGGAAGUACGCGGACGCGAGUGAGGCGCUGUCUUUCAUCCUGGAAGACGCGCCCGGUCUCGCCAGCCUCUUCCAGACAGGAUGCGACGAGGAGGCCAUGAUGAGGCCCCCGGCGUUCGUGGACGAGGCAGACGAAGGCGACGACGCCCUGUCGCCGCAGGACUUCCUCCUCGACGGGGGCGCGCAGCGACUGGACGUGCGAGAGCCGCUCCGCCGCGGCGCCUCCAUGGGCGGGCGACUGCGAUCGAAGCCCGAGUUGCUGGCGGUCCACGUGCCCCAGAGGUGGGAGCGGGGCGACGGCGCGGCGCUCUUCCUCGGCGGCUGCGACAUCGCGCCCUACUGGGGCGAGCUCCCGGAGGUGGCUCUGAGGGCGGGGGAGGAAGACGUCGCGCACCGCCUGCGCGCCUACGUGCAGUACAUCCUGCCCGAGGGGUCGGAAGCCGUCCCAUCCCACGUUCUGAAUGACCCCCAGGGCCACUUCGUGGCCCACUUCGAGGAGGACGGGAGCUGGUACACUGCAGACGACCUGGGCGAUCGGCCGCACGUGGUCCAGUGGGCGCCUGGCACCCAGCACAAGAUACCUUGCAUCAUCUUCCUUGAGAAGGUGGGCUCCAGGGCGGCCCGCGCCGAGGCGUGCCCGUGGCCGCUCGGGCCGGUCGUCGACGGCGCGGAGGGCGCGGGCGACGACGGCGACGUCGACACGGACGGCGAGGACAGCCCUGGCCUCGACGAAGCGCCCGAGAAGCAGGAGGAGGAGGGUGGCGGGGCCGGCGACGCUGGCGCGCUGGGCGCGCGGAAGCGACCCGCGGCGUCAGCGAGGAGCGGCGCCCCUGCCAGGAAGCGGCUCCGCCUCCGAGGGAAGCAGAGCGUGGCUGGGAGGCAGCAGAGCCGCGCCGGGAGGCAGCAGAGCCGCGCCGGGAGGCAGCAGAGCCGCGCUGGGAGGCAGCAGAGCCGAAACCAGGAGGGGAGGCAGCAGAGCCGAAACCGAGAGGGGAGGCAGCAGAACCGGGAGGAUCAGAAGCGCGGUUGCAAGCCGGAGGAGGUGCUGCGGCAGGGGCGGAAGCCGAAGAGCAAGGGCGACAACGCCGACGGGUCCAGGCAGGACGCCCAGAACAACGCCGCCACCCCGGUCCUCCGCAGCAGCAGGGAGGCGAAGAGCUUGCAGGCGGCGUGCGACGCGCGCCGGGAGUGCGGCGACCUGUUCUUGCUCUUGCACUUGCUGGAGCCGCUGGCCGCUGCCGAUGACCUGCUGAAGCGCUACCCUGACUUCUUCGUCUACGCGGGCGACGACUGCGCCAACCGAUGGGCGACGUUCCUGCGCGCCUUCGAUCGGCCUGACAAGUUGGCCGGCAGGCUGCGGGAGGCGCUCGGGGUGACGGAGAAGGAGAUUUCCGACGCCAAGCGCCGACUGGAGAGCGGGGAGUGGCACUUGCACCACGUCGCGGAGCUCCUGGACGAGCGCCUGGGCUUCGCCCACGGCGCCCACUCCGUGGCGGCCGCGGUCCGCCUGGCGGCGAGCGACGCGUCGGCCGCGCUGGGCGACGGCAACCCGCUGAGGGCGCACCUGGCGGAGGCGUGGCAGCGCAGACCCUGCAACCGCGGCCCGCCCCGGCACGCCGCCAUGCCUGCGCGCCUUCGGGAUCGCUCUGAGUGGUUCCAGUGCCCCGCGCCCGCCCUGCAUUAUGCCUGCCGCAUGUGCGAGGCCGAGUUCCCCAACAGGGAGGCGUUCAAGGCGCACCAGGGCAGAGUCCACGGGGGGCAGCGGUGGUACCAGUCGCAGUAUGUGGCGCGGUGCGAGCUGGAGCCCUACCAGCCGUCGCCGACCGAGGAGCGCCAGGUGGUUGCCAGGUUCCACAUCUCCCAGUGCUGCGCCACCGUCGAUCCCGUCGACGAGCCGUUCGUCCCGAAGCUCGACUCGGAGAUGCAGAAGCAGCUCGUCCACGCGGAGAUCGUCGGCAGGAUCGCCGGCAAGAUCGGGCAGGCCCCCCCCGCGGAAGAGGUUUCCCGGCAGGCGGCCGACGCGGCGGAGUCGGCAGCCCGCGCUCAGGCGGCGUGCCAGGCGAGGGAGCCCCGCGCUUUCCAGGCAUGCGUCUGCUGCGCCAUGCAGCAGUGGUCCGAGAACCUCCACUCGGAGUACCUCGUCGGCGACAAGUGCACCAUAAAGGACCGGGCCCAGUUCGCGGACUGCCUGUCGGCCGAGUGGUAUCACCAACGAUGGCCCCUCAUACCGCGCGACGAGCUGAUGUCGUCGGCCGUGGACUUCCCCCACAACGACUGCGAGGGCUCGCCGACGUCCACGAAGAUACUCUUGCACAAGAGGCGCGUGCCCCCGGAGGCGCUCGAAGGGAAUGUGCCAGUGAAAGUCUGCGAGGAUUGCCGGAGAGACCUGUGGUCUGAUCACCCCAAGGUGCCGCUGAUGGCGUUGGUGAACGACCUCUGGUUGGGCCGCCACCACCCGCUGCUCAGGAAGGCCGCUCUCGCACACCAGAUGCUGCUCGCGCUCGGCCGCGUCGUGUCCACGAAGAUCUACCUGUCCAGCAAGGGCGCCGACAAGGCCGUCCGGCAGGAGCAGCAGUCGUGGAGGCAGAAGUUCUUGCAGUACGCCAUGCAGGGCACCGCCAUCGUGAUCGGGAACGGGAACGUGGACCACGCGAUGCGGAGCUUCCCGCCGGAGCCCGACAUGCUCAGGGACACGUUCGUGGCCGUCUUCGCAGGCGCCGACAACGACGAGGAGGGCAUCCCCCUGACCGAGGAGCAGAAGCAGGAGAGGGCCCUGAGAGCCAUGAGGGAGGAGGUGGCGCUGCACGUCGACAAGGCGGAGUACGACGCCCAGGCGCGGUUGUUGAAGCAGCACAACUACGUGUACAAUGACCCGGGCGUCCAGUACCGAUCGGACCUCGUGGACCGAUUCCCCCCGCGGCCGGGCGUGCCCGACUUCAUGUUGGCCUGCGCGAAGUAUGUCCCCACGGACGCGGCGUUGGACGACGUCGCGCAGGCGCAGGGGCCCGCCUCGGCCACCACUGGCGCGCAGGCAGAGAUGAGCGCGGCUGCCGAGGACGCGCAGGAGCUGACCAAGUGGCUGUCCGUCCUUGAGGACCACAUGGACGACGUCAGCGAGCUCACGUCCCUGCCGGCGCUCCAGGGCAUGCUCGAGAGGAUGGAGAGUCAGGCGGGGCGCGUGGUGGCCAACGAGCUGAUGUCCAGACUCGAGGACCAGGGAGGCGAGGAUAGGGCGCUGCAGCUGGACGAGAUCGGGCGUCACCGCCUGCGGGACCUCUGCCAGGAGUUCCACGCGCGCUGUCGGAAGAUCUCCCCAGGGGAGGACAUGGCGAAGCUGCACUGGCGCGUCCAGGCGCUGGAGACCAACAACUGCCAGGCGGGGGAGGGCGCGGGCGACCUGGCGCGAUCUGCAGGAGUCGCGGGGACUCCCGCCGAGGACGAUCCGCGCUCCUUGCAGGAACCGCCCGUCCCAGACGGCCAGCGGAAGGCGAGGCUUCGGGUGCCCACUUCGAGGGAGGCGGAGAGCUGGUGGAAUCCGAAAUACUGGUCGAUUGCCAGGCCCACGGACUUCUGCUACGGGGACUGCGCCUGGGGCCUCGGCCAGCUCCCCCCGGACGGAGAUGAGGACCCGCAGAAGCAGAAGGAGGCUCGGCUCUGCUUCAGCGUGGCGCACUUCAUCAAGAAUCUACUCACGCGGGAGGAGAUGGAGUAUGACGUGCCCGCCGACGAGGAGAGAUACGUGGCCAGGCCCAUCAGUCGUUUCCGCAGCUCCUGGUACGACGUGCACCUGCUGUGUUCCUUCUGGAGAGUCACGGAGACGACCAACAGCACCUACACGUUCAUGAAGACGCCCGGGGCGUUCGGGGCCGCUCGCGCCUGCGCGGACAUCACGCCGGAGAUGAUCGAGGAAGUGCAGCUCAGGGCGCAGCAGACGGGCGGGAAGGCCACGCUGCACGGCGUCCUCAAGGACAAGGACACCCCGAACGAGGUGCGCAAGGCCUUCGCCACCCUGGGCCAGGCCACUGCCGGCCAAGUCGGGUCCGACGGACACAGGCGGGAGCUGCGCGGAGAGGGCGAGGCGUAUACCCUGCGCUUCGGCCCGCCCGUCCAGUUCGUUACCCCGAAUCUGGCAGACACCAAGCAGCCCCUGAUCCUCAUCGUGCAGGGGGAGGAAUACACCUUCGACAACGACCUGACCGAGGCGGGGCAAGUCACGUUCAGCGAGAUGUCGCAGCGCGUCGCCGCGGACCCCGUGGGCCAGGCCGUGGUGUUCGAGCUGAUGAUGAGGCUGUUCUUCGUCCACGUCCUCGGCCUGCGCCCAGAGAUCGUCGGGUGGCGGCGAGGAGAAGUUCGAAAGGCUUCGGAGCACUGGGUCUCCGACGGCGUGGCGGCCGACCUCAUGGGCGUGCCCACGGUGUUCGGCCCCCUCGCGGCGGCCUUCGGUCCUGUCGAGGCUCAGGGCCGCGGCUCGCUUCACCCGCAUAUCCUCAUCUGGCUGCUGCAGGGCCAGCUGCAAGUGCUCCUGGACAUGCUGCAGCGCGACCAGGCGAGCUUCGAGGAGCGCUUGAACCUGUGGAUGCGGCAGGUGGCGCAGGCCGUGGUCGCCACUCAGCAGAGCGCCGUGGAGCUGCUGCCCUUGCAGCUGCAGGGGGGCGAGAACAAGUGCGGGGUCGCGGUGCCGCCGCUGCCGUUCGGGCCCAACGAGAAGCGGUACUUCAGAGCCGACGGGCGCAGGGAGACGGCGACGGCAGAGCAGCUCGGGGUCGGGGACGACACGGGUGAACAGGAGCUGCGGUUCUACGACCCCCAAAAAUCCGAAACCCAAGGCGACGAGGUCUACCACGAGGCGCAUCGCCCCAAUCUGCCGCUGCGCCACAAGGACGGCACGGAAGCGGACGACGAGGCGGCGCGGGUGGAGAAGAACGCCGCGGAGAACAAGGGGUACUGGCGGCAGCCGCUCUCCAGCAGCGCCUCCGGCAUUUUCCCGAGGUACCGCGGCGGGGGCACCCUGGCGGAGUCUCUCCCGAGCGAGGAGUGGAUUCGCGAGAUGUGCCGCGACGCGCGCGAGCUCGUCAUCGGCUGCGGCAUCCACGUCUGCAGCCCCUCUUGCUACAAGUACCAUUCGGACAAGGCGCGCGGCUCGCAGAUCUGCCGCCACAACUUCUACAACCUGGUGACAUUGUGCACGUGGCCCGAGGAUGCGGACUCCCAAGAGUGCCGGUUCCGCACGCGCGGGAAGGCGCUGCGCGGCUGCAUCGGCAUCUUCCGGGAGACGGACUACGGCAUGGCCGGGCGCAUCGUCACCUUCCAGCUUCACCCCGUGGAGACCUCCACGAAGUACGCGGCGGUCGUCUCGGCGCGGUGCAACGUGGACGUGCAGGACAUGAGACGGGUGCUGCCCCCGCGCCUGUGGAUGGAUGCGUCGGAGCUGGAACCGGAGCCGGACGAGAAGGACCGCAAGAGCUACAACCAUGGCCUCUACCCUCAGCGCUACGCCGACUUCUCGGUGGGCGCCCGGGAGGACUGGGGAUGGUUCCAGCAUCUGAACACCACGUCCGCGGAGAAAUGGGACCUUGUCGUAGUCACCGACUGGCACGAGAUCUUCAGGGAGCUCGCGAACCGCGACAGCCCCGCCGUGGACGGUGGCGACGCUGCGCGCGCCGAUCUCCAGCGCGACCUGGAGCGGCACGCGCUGGCCACCUUCGUGGACGCCCACAACACGAGCUACUACGUCAACUCGUACACCACGAAGGUGAACCCCAGCAUGGACGACGUGCUCUGCAAGCUCCUCGACGGCGUGCGCCGCCUGAAGAGCCAGUGGGACGACAGGGAGGCGCAGGCCGCGGGCGACGCCGGCGACGAGGCCCAGUCGACCGCCGCAGGAAAGCACAAGGAGGAUUUCAAGCGCACGCUGCAGGUGUUGGCCCGCUUCGAGACCUGCUUCCGCAGGGCCUCCUGGAAAAGCGGCAGCGAGAUGGUCUUCCCCAUGCUCUUUGGGCACCUCUCCUUCAUGACGCACCGUUGCUGGAAGGUGUUCAUGCGGAAAUCCAUCUACCUCGCCGCGGAGUCCUGGCGCAGGCGGCACGGCCAGGCCGACGCCGCGGAAAGCGCACCCGCCGCCUCGAUCACGUACGCGGUCCCCGGCACUGGACAGCAGGUCGCGAUGCCGGGGUGGCGCGAGGUGCAGCGCGAGGGCGAGACGGUGUACGUCAGCCCCGACGGCGAGGAGUUCGACACGUUCGAGUACGCGCACCAGGCGUUCCAGAUCGCGAACGCCAGCGGCGGCUCGCUGCGCGACGUGACGAAGGCGCUGAACAAGUUGUGGGAAGGCGAGGCCGAAGAGGUGCCCGAGACACAAGGGCCGACUGUCGAGGGCCUCGCGCAGGGCAAGUUCAGGGGCGCAGUGCUGAGCCAGCACGACGAUUGGAUGCACCGCGGAGACCACCCUAUUGUCCGAGACAUGAGCUUGUACGUCUACAGCAUCUGGGUGCACCGCGUGGAACUGCCGCUGCAUGCCCUUCCGGCCGGGGAGCUGGAUCCCGAGGGCAGCGGAGGUCGAACCCUGCACGUCGACAUCGCCUUCGACUCGUCCUACUCGGCGGCGCGGAACUGGACUCAGAGGCUGGCCGUCGAGCCGCGCAUCCCGAAGCCGGACGGCUUCCAGUUCGUGAGCGCGGAGUCGAACGUGGAGACGCACUACCUCAUGAAGUCGGUGCUGCUCCGGCCAGUGCACCUGCCGGACGCCGACGGCCCCAACGACACGAAGGAGCUGCGCUACCUCCGCGCGUACGAGCACCUGUGCGCGGCGCCGGAGGGCGAGCCGGAGUGGCCGGCGCAGCCGGCGGGGGAGGGCGUCUCGGGCCCGUUCCAGCGCGGCUGGGAGUCGUUCGCCACCGCCCAGGAGCAGCUGGCGAAGACGGCCCGGGCGAAGUGCCUCAGGAAUGACGUAGGGUCCUGGGCGACCCCCAGCAUCUGGAACACGGAGGAGGUCGAGUCCGCGCUGCGCGAGAAGCGCAGCGACAGCGGCGAGGACGUGCAGCCUCCGUGCCGGUGCGCCCAGUGCACGGAGCUGGGCAGCUGGCUGGACAGCUUGCUGACGGCGCAGGAGUACCUGGCCCUGGAGACCACGAAGACCGCGGCCAACUUCGACGGCAUCUCCAAGGCGAAGGCUUCGAAGCCGAAGAGGCCGCAGAAGGACGACGUGCAUGUCGCGGAGGCCCCCGUGUUCCGGGAGGGCGCCGAGGACUCGGGGGCGGGCGCCGCGCAGGUGGAGGCCCAGGCCAUCCGCGCUCAGGACGGCUUCGCGAAGCUGGGCGCCAACGCGGUCCUGGAGCAUCACUUCGACCCCGAGACGCUCGGGCAGAUCUUGCGCUUCGACACCGCCGAGCGCACGCAGGCCUUCGUGAAGAAGCUCAAGAAGGCCGCCACGAUGAUGGAGAACGGCGCGCUGCCCGGGCCGACUGACGCCGACGCGUCGCGGCGCGCUGCCCGCGCCCUGAAGGACAACGUCCUCGCUCCGUUCAGGGCCCUGCGCGACCUCGACGCAGACGAGCUGAAGAGCCUGGUGGAGACCCAGCGGAAGAGGUUCGCCAAGGGGGGCACGAAGGAUGCGGACGUGCCCGUGGCCGACGCCCCCGCGCGGGACGACGUCGGGGCAGCGGGCGCCGGCGCGAUGCCGGCCGAGGCGGCGCAGGCGCGGUGGAAGCCGUCGGAGGAGUUGCAGCGGCCCAGCGACUUCGUCAAGCGCCUCGUCAAAAAGUUCGAGGACGGCGUGGUCAACCCGAGCACGGGGAAGCAGGAGCGCCGCCCUCUGAAGCCCGACCAGGCCCUGUUCGUCACGGCGUUCGCGAACGCCUGCAACGUGGUCUGGGACGAGGAGCAGAAGAUCGAGGACGGCAGCAUGGCCAAGCACGCGAAGCGGAAGACGUUCCAGUUCCUGCUCCUGGGCCAGGGCGGCAGCGGGAAGACCGCCAUGGUGCAGGAGAUCGUGCUGCCGGCCAUGGACGCGCUGUUCCCUGUGGAAACGGGCAAGGCGAAGUCCACGCUGAUAGUCUGCGCGAAGUGGUCUCAGGCCGCGAACAUCUCCACGGACGCUCACAAGGCCGUCAGUUGCCACCGGGCGGGCGUCAUAGGAGUGCAGUCCUUCAGGAACAAGGACAUACCCGCGGGGGCAAGCUGA